GAUUUGUGGGAAUUAGGUUUCCCGGCUCCUGGACAAACGCGCAGGCGCGGCUCCGCGUCAAGGAGCAGGCUCCUGCUCAUUGUGUCCUGACUACUCUGUCGAGGCUAUGCUCCGCAGUGGACAAGCUUCUAAGGGAAGCCCCACGGUGAUCUGCAGUGUCCAGAGACUGAAGGAGUACAGAUGCGUCUAGCCAGAGAACCCCCGCAGUUGUAACCUCCUCCCCUGCCUCCUCCCUGCUCAAUGCUCCUCAGCUCACCAGAGAAAAGAAAUGGCUGUCAGCCAGUUCCCGGUCCUGGUCCAGGACUUGGUGACCUUCAAGGAUGUGGCCGUGCUUUUCACCCAGGAGGAGUGGGGUCGGCUGAGCUCUGCCCAGAGGGCCUUGUAUCGGGAUGUGAUGCUAGAGAACUACAGUAACCUGGUCUCACUGGCAGGUCUCUUAGGAUCCCGACCAGAUAUGUUCUUUCCCCUGGAGGAAGUGGAAGAAUGUGUGUCAGAGGAGGCUCCUGAGGGCUUUGUUCUGGAUGCCGCAGAUGAACCUCACUUGGGUCCUCGAUCUACGUGUGAAACUCUGGUUCCAGUUACAGGGGAAAUUACAAUGGCCACGAGUAAGAAAUUCCUCAAGGCAGAUAUCCCUGAAAAAGAGUCGGAUCGAUGGAUAACAAAGGAAAGAGCAUGUGCUAACUUGUUAGAUUGGCAGUGCCAGGAAGGUCAGGAGGUGAAGUUGCAGCAAGUGGUCCUCACCCAGCAGAACACUCCAUCAAAACUGGGUGAGCAGAGCGUCAGAGCAGAGGGCUCAUCGCCCAUUCAAAGUCAGAGGUCUCAAGCAAGCAAAACAGCUUUUGAAUGCAGCGAAUGCGGGAAAGCCUUCUCUAAGAGUUCCACCCUUAAGAAGCAUCAGAAACGUCAUACCGAAAAACUCAACCCAAGUCAGAAAUCACCAAUGAAAGAGAAGCGGUACGAGUGCCGAGAAUGUGGGAAAGCCUUCCACCAGAGUACACACCUCAUCCAUCACCAAAGAGUCCACACUGGCGAGAAACCAUACCAGUGUAAGGACUGUGGCAAGGCCUUCUCAGUGAGCUCUUCCCUUACCUACCACCAGAAAAUCCAUACCGGAGAAAAGCCCUUUGAAUGUAAUGUUUGUGGAAAGGCCUUUAUCCGGAACAUACAUCUUUCCCACCAUCAUAGGAUGCACACUGGAGAGAAACCUUUCCAAUGCCACCUUUGUGACAAAGCUUUCGUUUGCAGAGCACAUCUUACCAAACACCAACACAUCCACAGCGGCAAGAAGCCCUAUAAAUGUAACGAGUGUGGCAAGGCCUUCAAUCAGAGUACAAGUUUCCUGCAGCAUCAGAGGAUCCACACUGGAGAGAAACCCUUUGAAUGCAACGAGUGUGGCAAGGCCUUCAGGGUGAACUCUUCCCUUACUGAGCACCAGAGAAUCCACACUGGGGAGAAACCUUAUCAAUGUAUCGAAUGUGGCAAAGCAUUCAGAGAUAACUCAUCCUUUGCGCGCCAUCGGAAAAUUCACACUGGAGAGAAACCUUACAGAUGUGGCUUGUGUGAGAAGGCUUUCAGGGACCAGUCAGCCCUAGCACAGCAUCAGAGAACUCACACCGGGGAAAAGCCUUACACGUGUAACAUAUGUGAGAAAGCCUUCAGUGACCAUUCGGCCCUUACCCAACAUAAGAGAAUUCACACGAGAGAAAAACCGUACAAAUGUAAAACCUGUGGGAAAGCUUUUAUCCGAAGCACACACCUCAUUCAACACCAGAGGAUUCACACGGGAGAGAAACCGUACAAAUGUAACACAUGCGGGAAAGCCUUCAACCAGACUGCAAACCUCAUUCAGCACCAGAGGACUCACACUGGAGAGAAGCUCUACAAAUGUCAGGAAUGUCGGAAAGCUUUCAGCCAAAGCUCAUCCCUGGCACAGCACCUGAGAGUCCAUACUGGAGAAAAGCCGUACAUCUGUAGUGACUGUGGGAAGGCCUUCAGCUUCACCACCUCUCUCAUUGGGCAUCAGAGGAUGCACACUGGAGAGAGACCCUAUGAAUGUAAGGAAUGUGGCAAGACCUUCAAAGGCAGCUCCUCCCUUCAUAAUCACCAACGGAUCCACACUGGAGAAAAGCCUUAUAAGUGUAACGAGUGUGGGAGAGCCUUUAGCCAGUGCUCAUCUCUGAUUCAGCAUCAUAGAAUUCACACUGGGGAGAAACCAUAUGAAUGCAGCCAGUGUGGGAAGGCCUUUACAUCAAUAUCACGGCUGAGCAGACACCAGCGCAUCCAUACCGGAGAGAAGCCCUUUCACUGUAAUAUGUGUGGCAAAGUGUUCAGUUACCACUCGGCCUUGAUUAUCCAUCAGAGAAUUCACACUGGAGAGAAACCAUAUGCAUGCAAGGAAUGUGGGAAAGCCUUCAGCCAAAGCUCAGCACUUAUCCAACAUCAAAGAAUCCACACUGGAGAAAAGCCGUACAAGUGUGCCGAAUGCGGAAAGGCCUUUUCCUGGAUCUCACGGCUUAACAUCCACCACAGGAUCCACACAGGGGAGAAGCCGUAUCACUGUAAAGAGUGUGGGAAAGCUUUCAGUUCCCACUCUGCGGUCAAUACGCACAGAAAGAUCCACACUGGUGAGAAACCUUAUAAAUGCAGUGACUGUGAAAAAGCCUUCAACCAAAGCUCGGCCCUUAUUCAGCAUCAGAGAAUCCACACCGGAGAGAAGCCGUUUAACUGUAAAGUUUGUGGGAAAGCCUUCCGACAGAGUUCCUCGCUUAUGACACAUAUGAGGAUCCACACAGGAGAAAGGCCGUACAAAUGCAAAGCUUGCGGGAAAGCGUUCAGUCAGAGCUCAUCUCUUGCCAACCACCAGCAAAUCUACCCAGGACAAAAACCUCACGUCUGCAGUGAAUGUGGCAAGGGUUUUACCCAAAGCCUUCAUCUUCUAGAGCACAAGAGGAUUCACACUGGGGAGAAGCCUUACAAAUGCAGCGAGUGUGGGAAGAGCUUCAGCCAUAGAUCCUCCCUCCUGGCUCACCAGAGAACCCACACCGGAGAGAAGCCGUACAAGUGCAGCGAGUGUGAGAAAGCCUUCGGCAGCAGCUCCACUCUCAUCAAACACCUGAGGGUGCACACCGGAGAGAAACCUUACCGCUGCCGGCAGUGUGGGAAGGCCUUCAGCCAGUGUUCCACCCUCACUGUACACCAGAGGAUUCACACUGGGGAAAAGCUCUAUAAAUGUGCCGAGUGUGACAAGGCCUUUAACUGCAGAGCAAAGCUCCACAGACAUCAGAGAAUCCACACAGGGGAGAAGCCAUAUAAAUGUGCUGAGUGUGGGAAGGGCUACAGUCAGUUUCCAUCCCUAGCCGAACACCAGAGACUCCAUACUGGAGAAGAGCUUUGCCAGUGCUUGCAGUGUGGGAGAACCUUUACACGUGUGUCUACCCUUAUCGAACACCAGAGAAUUCAUACUGGACAGAAGCCAUAUCAAUGCAACGAAUGUGGGAAGACUUUCAACCAGUAUUCCUCCUACAAUGAACAUCGGAAGAUUCAUACUGGGGAGAAACUUUACACGUGUGAAGAAUGUGGGAAAGCCUUUGGCUGUAAAUCAAACCUUUAUCGGCAUCAGAGGAUCCAUACUGGAGAGAAACCCUAUCAGUGUAAUCAGUGUGGAAAGGCCUUCAGCCAGUAUUCAUUCCUAACUGAACACGAGCGAAUCCAUACUGGAGAGAAGCUCUACAAGUGUAUGGAGUGUGGGAAAGCCUAUAGUUACAGGUCAAACCUUUGUAGACACAAAAAAGUCCACCUUAAGGAAAGGCUGUAUAAAUGGAAAGAAUAUGGGACACCCUUUAUCUAUAGCUCAUCCCUUACUCCGUAUCAGAAAUUUCUGAAAGGAGACAAGCCUGAGAACUUUAAUUCAUCGCUGUAAUCCAAGACAGCAACCAGAAGAAUAGUGAGUAGAAUGCAAAUCAAAAUAGUGUCAUCUUUUUUACUUGUACAGCAAAUAGUUACCACGAAGUCAUGGACAGUGGAUGCACAAAGAAUGCUGACAUCAGCAAUUUAAGGACUAUUACAAAGAAUGUUAAAAAUUCGUAGAAAAAGUUUGAAAGGCCUCAUUUAAAAAACAAAGCGCAUGAGUAACUGUUGCAUAUAAGCAUUGUUUCAUGAGAGGGCCAUCUCUUUCUAAGAGCUUCUGUGUUAUGAUUUUUCUUUUCAAGAUAGUCCUUGAUGUAGUUAAUAGUGUGAAGAAUUGUGGGGACUCAGUCCCUAAAAUGGUGAGUUAUAGGGAGAAGUCCUUUUCAUAAAGAGCCACUACAGAGGAAAAGAAUACUUUGACUUGUUGUGUAUCAACAAUAAAGCUCUUUAUAAAUUGCCCCUUAUACAACAUACAUGUGUGUAUGUAUGCAUUUAUAUUCAUAUAUACACAUAGAGGACUUUUAUGUAUAUAUGGCCAUGUCACCUAACAAUGGGGAUACAGUUAGAAAAGGCUUCAUUAGGCACUUUUAUGUUUAUAGGAACAUCAUUGCAUUUGUAUAGCCCUAGAUAGUCUGGGUCAGCCAAUCAAUGUGAUCUCUUGAGGUGAUCAACAUACCAUAAUUUUUUAAAAAAAGUUUUUUUGAGGUUAUAAUUACAACAUUUCUCCCUUCCCUUUCUCCAAACCCUCCUAUACACUCCUCCCCACUCUCCUUCAAAUCCAUGGCCUCUUUUUACUAAUUGUUAUGCAUGCAUAUAUCCAUACUUUUUUAUAGUAAGGGUUUUUAUUGAUUGGCUUGUUUAUUUUAGAUAGAGUUUCACUAUGUAGCCUAAGAUGGCCUUGAACUCAUUAUGUAGAGCAGGCUGGUUUUGAACUUGCAGUCUUCCUACAUCAGCCUCCCACGUACUGGGAUCAGAGGCAUGAGCCAUCAUGCUUGGUGUAAAUUUUAUUAGUAGAAUGUGUAUACUCUAAGGAUAAAAGUAUAGUAUAGCAAAUGAGUAAGCUGGUAAUGUAGUUUGUCACCAUCACCAUGUGUCAUGUACUGUAUAUAAUUGCGUGUGCUGUGAUGUCUGGCUGCCCGCACAGAGGGUUUGUUUGCACAAAUGGGCAAUGCAUUGUACCUAAGGUGCUAUAAUAGUUAAUAGAGUCACGACAGCUCUUAUGUAAUUGGACAAAUAGGGAUUUCCCAGACCAGCUGUAGUCUGAUGAGACCACUCUAACAUAUGUUGUCAUUGGCUAAAACAUCAUCAUAGGCAAAUGGCUGUAUGCACACACUCACAUAUAUGUACAUACAUGUGUGUGCCAAAGUGGAUACAUAACACAUACAAAGAGUUUAGGACUUUUUUUCUCUCUCCAUAGCCCUUAGUGAUUAAAAAAGACUCAGUUUACUAAUUUAGAACAUACUGUUUCAAAUUAAAAUUUUCCCCUAGGGGCAGCUUCUUUCUAACUCCCCUGUAUCUGUAGUGGGAUCUGGUUUAGGAUCUAGCUGAAUAGAGUCUUACAGUACUAUAGAAGUUGGCCUGAGCAGACAGGUGGGCAGACUGUCAUCCAAACAAUAUAUUACGUAUUGUAGAAGGCCAGUGUUGACAAGAGUCUCCUGCUAUGAACCUGUUUGCACUUUAGAGUCAGAGAAACUUUUAAUUUAUAACCUUUUAAGAAUCGAGGUCUUCAAAAGCCGGGCGUGGUGGCGCACGCCUUUAAUCCCAGCACUCGGGAGGCAGAGGCAGGCGGAUUUCUGAG